CAAUAAAAAGACAAAGAUAUGGUGGAGGUUGAAAGUUGAAACUUAUCCCUAUAUAUGUGCUACUAAACACACAAGAAGAGUCAUAAUGAGGAAGAGGACCAUGCGAUAAGACAUAAGGAGUUUAAUUCACCAAAAAUGGACUUAGAAGUCUAUCAUUAAAAAGUGGUAUGUAACACAACAUGACUCCAAAAUCUAGAUGAAAGUGAUGGCUGAAACAAUAAAGCAUGAGAUACACGUAGUUUAUUGAACGAAUGAUCUCGACUUUAAUGUUAAAUUUUGCUUGGACACAAGAGACAAAAAAAAAAUACAUCAACAAAAUGCGAGCUUCAAAAUAUCUAUGCAUAAGAUAGACCCUGGUGUUUUGAGAAAAAUCAUCCAUUAUUAUCAAAAAAAUAUCAAUGACAAUCAAGAGAGUGAACAUUAUAAGGUCGCCAAAUAUCAAUAUGCACCAAAUCAAACAACCAACAACUUGUGAAUCACUUGCAAUAAAGGGCAACCACUUUUGCUUAGUGAUCGAAUAGCCUUGACAAUGUCUAUGAUAAUUAGAAUUAAUAGUACUAGUCCUAAAGCGAGAGUUUUCAAUUUAGGAAGUGAUACAUAUGCGAGACGAUUGUGCCAAAUAUCAAGGUCAUGUAAAGUGGUAUCAAAUCUUAUACAAGACAAUGAUCGUGAAAGAUAGUGAAUGAACACAGGGUGUCCUUUGUCAUUCUACUUACAAAAAUCAAAUUAAAAUAUUUUUAAGUGUCAUUUAAAUAUUUUUUAAGUGUCAAAGCGGCAAAAUGACAGACCGUUUAUAUAUGAGUAACUUGUACCUAAGCACAAUUUUGCAAGGAAACAAACACAUUGCACAAAAUGGUAUAGAAAAUGAUGACACUUGAAAAGUGAUAUUUUUCAUCCCUGUUAUAAGUUAAACCCAUCUUUAAUUGAUGCAAUCGUGGUUGAUUUUAUGAUUGGAAUUAUAUAAAAUGUCCGAUGUGGAAUUAUUAGACGUUAAGUAUGUUCGGUACUUUUUUAUGCAAUUUGGGUAGUUCUUAGAGAUUUUCCGGAAUAAGCAGGCCUAAGACGGUCUCUGAAAGGGAGAUGGACCAUAAUGACACUUGAUUCAUCAUGGAAGCUACAAAGAACCCUUAUGGGUCGAGAAGUGGAAACGAAAGAACAUGUCUAGAAAGAGAAGAGAAAUCACUAUGACACCAUAAUGAUUGAGAAAAAUGUUCGAUUUUUCGUUCAACGAAGUGUGAAAUUUACAUUAUUCGAAAUUACAAUAUAUAUACCAACAAUCCUAAUUACAAAACCGUCCAUGAAAUAAGUAGCAUUACAGAAAGUUCCUUAUAAUAAUGCUAGCUUACACUUGAGUCUUAACUCCAACUAAGAUAUGACUAAUUGACAAACGAUUUCUUUCCAUUGUUGCAAGACUGGAAGCUUAUGAAAGGGAAUCAGGGUAGAAAGUCAAUCUCGACAAAUUUGAAGUUUAUUUUAACAAGAAUAUUGGUGAAAACGGGAACCUUGAAAUCGGCCAAAAACUGGGUAGGUUGGGCUAAGUACCUUGGCCUCCCAACAAUUGUUGAGAGAUCAAAGGAACUGGUCUUCUCCAUCCUGAAAGAAAGAGUGGGAAGCAAACUUACUAACUGGAAAAGCAUAUUUUUCUCUGAUGCAGGGAAGGAGAUUGCACAAGGCAAAGCGACUUAUGCAAUGUCUAUCUUCAAGAUCCCUAAUGGUAUAAUUGAUGAUACACACAACUUGAUGGUAAAUUAUUGGUGGGGACAGAAGGGUAAUGAAAAAUGAAUACAUUGGAAAAAUAGGGAAAGAAUGUGCAGAAGGAAAGAAGAUGGAGGCAUUGGCUUUAGAGAUAUGAGGGUCUUUAACAAAGCAAUUCCAACAAAACAGAAUUGGAACCUUCAAUCCAGACCUGAAUCUUUUGUGGCAAAGUUGUUGAAGGCAAUAUUGAUCAAGAAACUAUUUUUGAAGCAAAACUUGGAUGGAGACCAAGUUACAUAUGGAGAAGUCUUGUAUGAGCUUUAAACCUGAUUAGAUAAUGGGUGUAGAUGGAAGAUUGGAUCAGGGAAGGAUGUCAAGAUCUGGGGAGACAAGUGGGUGCCAAGUCUUCAAAGCUUUCAGCUUUACUCCUACAAUCCUUUUAAGGACAUUGAUGCAAAAGUCUCAUGCCUAAUUGAUCAAGAAACUAAAAGUUGAAGAAGAGAUUUGUUAGAGUUGAUUUUUACUCAGGAAGAACAAGAGGCCAUUCUGGCCAUCCCUCUAUCCUCUACAAUUGAAAAUGACCAACUAUGUUGGACUGGUAGUGAAAAAUGGGAAGUAUACUGUUAAAAGUGGCUAUCACAUGGAGAUUGGAAGAGCCAAUGAGAAAGAUGCAUGGGUCUCAAUAAGUAUAAACGAUGAGCCUUUUUGUUUGAAAAUUUUUUCCUGGAAAGUUGAAGAUUUUCCAAUGGAAAGUAGCUCGCAACAUUGUAGAAGGGUGAAUGAUAGACCUCAGGAUCUAGGGUGCGGUUAUUGCGGUGGAAUUGUGAAUGAGAUUAGAUCAAUUAGGGAUUGAUCUGGGGAUUUAGAGUUGAGAAACAAGUGGGUAGAGAGGGUAAGGGGGUUCGGCCGAAGCCUGUAAAGAGAGAGAGAGAGAGAGAGAGAACUCGGCUAGGGAGAGGGAAGACAUAGAGAGGAUUAGGGUUUUGAUAGUCUUAUUAGGCUUAACUGUAGACCUGAAUUACACCGAUACUUAUACUAAUCGACAAUUAUCCCCUUUACUACCCAAAAUGAUAACCUAAUUAUAAUACUCCCUACCCAACAAUAAACCAAUCAUAAUAGCCGAAUAAUAAACCAACAAUUACUACUAAUUCUGAAUAAUUAUAAAAUGUGUUCAUUAGUGAAGAACUGAAGUGAUGAAUGCCCAAACUGUGAAAUGAAAGAGACACUUAAACACUGCUUGGUGGACAACUAUUGGGUGUCCAGGAUUUGGUGUAAGACACCAGUUGACAAGCUUUUCCUUCUGGCAAAAAACAAAAACCUGUGAAGAUUUGGGAAAGAUCAUUAAAGAGGCAAAUGAGGAAGAUCUAACCAGAUUCUUGUAUCUUCUCUGGUUUUUAAAAAGAGAAAGGCAUAACUUCCUAUUCAGUAACAAAUUUAUGCAGGAAUGAGAAGUGUUUCUCAUAGCUGACAACUACAUCAAUGAUUUCUUGGAAGUUCAAGAGCGAGACAGACAAUUGGAAAGAAGAACAAAUAGGAACGAAUGCAAAUGGAGAAAGCCUCCUGAAGGAUGUUACAAGAUCAACGUGGAUGCAGGAAUCAAUAAUCGAGACCGUCAGACAUGGGAUGCAUUAUGAGAUACAAUAGAGGGAAGGUAAUUCUUGAUGCUGCAAAGAGUGAAGACAUUAAAUGGACUCUUGAAAUUACAGAAGGAAGAGCAAUGAUCUUUGGAUUUCAAAAGGCACUAGAAAGAGGAUUACAUCCUUAUUGUUGAGUCAGAUUGCAAGACGUUGGUGAACAGAUUAAAGAGGUAAGAGGAUGUUAUAAACGCGCUGCUACGGAUCGGGAAAUCGCAGGAAUCGACAAAGCAAGAAUACGAAAGCGAGAAUCGAAAACACGACACACGAUUUACGUGGUUCACUAACACGAUGUGUGUUAGCUACGUCCACGGGCGAGAGAGAGCCAGUUUCACUAUAUUGAGGAGAUUACAGAUUACAGAGGAGUAUGAGAAGUAUUUAUAGUACUUCUCCAUGUGGGUCUAAACCUAAUCCAAUCUGGCAAAGGAAACGGUUACAGACCAGGCCCAGAACCCGAACCCAAAUUACAUUGAGCCCAUACACCGUGGGCCGGGGGCGUUGCCCCUGGACCCCACUCGCUGACCGGGCAGCGAGACCCCCGAUUACCAGUCGUUGCGGCUGAUAAUCCGAUUCAAGUCAUAUCAACAGAGGAUGUAGAAGUGAAUUGGGAACUAUCUGCAGCAUCAGCAGAGAUUUGGGAAGAGAAGCAAUCGUAAAAGAAUUGACAGUAUGGACUUUUGCACCAAGAGAAUAAAAUAGCAUUGCACAUUUACUUGCUCAUUUUCCUUUUAAAGAUGACAAUGAAGUUUGUUGGUAGGAUUUUUUGCCUCUGUGUACUGCUGAUGUAGCGCCCUUGAUGCACACACUUUGAUUAAUUUUCCAUGAAACACCGAUAAGCUUUCUCCUAUAAAAAAGACCGACAAAAAUUAAUGAUAAAAAUGAAAGAGUUCGUGAAUAUCUUAUCUUGUCAUGCAUGCAAAACCCUGCCCAUUUACUUCAUGCAAUGUAAUUAAGUUGGUAACAAGAUAUUUAAUUCACAAUUAAUUUUAGGGGAGAUCGUAAUUAAGCUUUAAUUAGACACCUUAUCUUUGCUCAAUUCCCUGAAUCCAAUGGCUUGGGAAAACAAAAAUCUCUAAAACAGAGCUCUCGUCAACCCCUUGUAUUAACUAACCCCUAAAUAACCCCUACCUUCUUUCACUUCCUCACGAUUUUACGGCUUUAAAAAAAACCCAAAGUCCCGAAAAAAAGAUUUUUCUCUUUUUCUUUCCAAUCAAAUUUUCAACUCAUUUUCUUCCCCUCUAACAUUUGUUUUGGGCAAACUCCAUCCUUUUAACCACCUAACAAAAAAACAAAAACUAUGAUAUUUCGCCUUAAAUUUUAUCUAGUACUUCUCUAAGAACUCCGGCAACCUUUCGCAGGCAGGAUGGCCUUGAUUGGGAGAUCUUCCUCUCUAUCCGAACUCCUUCUCGGCCUCCUGUCUCUCCUCCUCCUCCUCCUCCUCCUCCCCUGUUCUUCAUCCGCCGCUCGAGUCGUGGCCACAACCGUAAUAAGAAACCCUUCCUCCCCUGACCUCCCCGUAUUUCGGGAGGCCCCGUCCUUCCGAAACGGGGACCAAUGUGGGCCCGCGUCGAUCCACGUGGCGAUGACCCUCGACAUCAACUACCUCCGGGGAACGAUGGCGGCCGUGCUGUCGAUGCUCCAGCACUCGACCUGCCCGGAAAACCUCUCGUUCCACUUCCUCUCCGCCCACUUCGAGCCCGAGCUCUCGUCCAGCAUCAACCGGACCUUUCCCUACCUGGCCUUCCGAAUCUACCACUUCGACCCGAACCGGGUCAGGGGCAAGAUCUCCCGGUCCAUCCGGCAGGCCCUCGACCAGCCCCUGAACUACGCCAGGAUCUACCUGGCCGACGUCCUCCCCUUAGAGGUCGCCCGCGUCAUGUACCUCGACUCCGACAUCAUCGUCGUCGACGACAUCGACAAGCUCUGGAACGUCGACAUGGAACGAAAAGUCGUCGCCGCUCCAGAGUACUGCCACGCCAACUUCACCCCGUAUUUUACCGACCGGUUCUGGUCCGACCGGAAGCUGGCCGGAACAUUCGAGGGGCGGAAGCCCUGCUACUUCAACACGGGCGUGAUGGUGAUGGAUGUGGAGAAGUGGCGGGAAGGAGGGUACACGAAGCGGGUCGAGGAGUGGAUGGCGGUUCAGAAGAGAGAGAGGAUAUACCAUCUAGGUUCCUUGCCGCCGUUCUUGCUGGUUCUGGCCGGAAACAUCAAGGCCGUCGAUCACCGGUGGAACCAGCACGGUCUCGGCGGGGAUAACUUCGAAGGGAGGUGCAGGAAUCUGCACCCCGGGCCGAUCAGCCUGUUGCAUUGGAGCGGGAAAGGGAAGCCAUGGCUGAGGCUCGAUUCGAGGAAGCCGUGUAUUGUGGAUUAUCUGUGGGCUCCUUAUGAUCUCUACCGCUCCUCCAAGCAUGCUUUGGAAGAGUGAUUCUGGUUCGAAUGUUUUGGGUUGCCGGAAGGGGAAAAAGAACGUUGCGAUUUGUUGGAGAUGAGAGGGAGCUGCAUUGUUUUAAAAAGGUGAGGAGUACUCUCUGGGGAAAGGAAAUCUCUUUGCGUAAAUUGGGAAUUAGGUUCUUGUUUUUCUGACCUUAAUCUUAUUAUUUGAUGAGGGAAAAAAACAUAUGGAAUGUGCAUAUUAUUAUAAAUUAUAUACUGAAAAUCUCAGAGGGGAGAAAGGAAUCUAUAGAAAAACCCUAAUUUAAUCCAAGGAUUUUCGUCGAGUAGUCUUUUACCUCCCUCGAGGGUUUUGUACAUUUCGAUGUUUUUUUUUUUCUCUUCUUCUAUGUAUGAAAGCUUCAUCAAACGAUGAAAUUGGUUUGAAAUGGUUGAUUUGUAUAAAGAAAUCAAUAUUUUUUUA